AUGCCAUUAAUUAUUAUUUGCGGAAUUCCCUCAAGUGGGAAGACCACUCGUGCAAAACAAAUAACCCAAUACUUUCUUGAUAGGUUUUCUAAUCAAGAAAAAACUGGAGCUGUACACUUAAUCAACGAUGAAUCAUUAGGAAUUACGAAAGACAGUUAUAAAGAUACACGUGUUGAGGAAAAAAAAUCUCGUGCAUCUUUAAUAUCAGCUGUUGAACGAUUAGUUUCUAAAGAGGAUUUAGUCAUCGCCGAUGGAAUGAAUUAUAUCAAAGGGUAUCGGUAUCAAUUAUAUUGUAUUGCACGAGCUGUUGGUACUCCACACUGUGUGAUAUAUUGUGGAACGCCGAUCGAGAUUGCUAGAGAGUGGAAUUCUAAUCGAGGUGAAGAAGGUUAUGAUGCAACAAUGUCAGUAUCAACAAAAUACAAAUUUGAUGAGCUUGUUAGUAGAUUUGAAGAGCCAGAUGAUCGUAACCGUUGGGAUUCACCACUGUUUACAGUUUUGUAUGAUGAUCCAGCACCUUCACAUGAUGGAAUAUGGGACGCUAUUAUUGUUAAGAAAGCAAAGCCGCCUAAUUUAUCUACUGUAGUGAAACCUGUGAGCGAAACAAAUUAUUUAUAUGAACUUGAAAAAACUACACAAGAUAUUAUUAAUGCAGUUUUGAAUGCACAAAAACAUGACUCUGGGGCUGAGGAAACCUUCAAAAGGCGACUAGGAGUGUUAUCUCCUAGACAGU